UCCGCACUUCUUGAUGGAAUUAUCAAACUCCGUCGUCCUAUAAUGUGCGUGACAAUGACGAUAUGAUGCCGCUCGUAAGAUAUCGACAAGGGUCAGGGUGCACAUUUGUUUUGAGCUUUGGUCCCUUACUCAUCAAUCGUGCGACCACUGCGGGAUUGCCAUUUCCAUAGCUGUCUGUCUUCACCGCUAGACGGAUGCCGAGAAUGGAUUCUUAGUCUUCCCCAUGUCGGCCUCAUUUUACUUGUCGUACAUACAUAUUGAAAAGCUCCAAAACCACAUCCUGAUCAUUAUGUGUUAUUGGAGAAGGGUGCACAACUAUUACAAAGGCUGUGGGCAUUCAAUAAAUCUGCCAGACGAGGAGAUCAAGUGUGACCUUAGAAACUGCAAAUUCAGCCCCAAGCAUUCACCGACAUGUAUACCGCCACAGUGCACGAAGAUGUGCUGGCAGUACCGCCAAUACCCCCAGCAGUAUGCACCGCAGAUUGACAAGAAGUGCCCAAAAUGUAGUACACGCGGCUGAGCAUUUUUUAUGGACAUCAUCUGUGAUACAGACCGACACCACCUGACAGAUGUAUUGUAUUGCGAUCAAAAACAUAUGAGCUGUACACAUGAAUGAGCGAGAAUAUGCAAUAAUAAGCUCGAGAUGGAGUGGCUCAAUCAUCCACAAUGUUAUGCUUCUUCUUCAACUGUGCUAGUUCUUCCUCUCUUCGGGCUAGAUCGGCUUUGGCGGCGGCAGCAUCUUGUUUCGCUGGCAUAUGAUACAGAACAACAAUAUAUCGCUCUUGCAAAUGGAAACCAUUCAAAUGUUCAAGUGCGUUUUUUGCCUACAUUAGCGGGAAUUAGAUAGAACGAACCCAUCGGGACAAGGGAAA